ACGACUGCUAUGCUGUAACAAUAAAAAUAGAGCAGCAAUGCUGCAGAAAAUUAGACUGGCCCAAAUCGAAAAUUAAUGUUAUGUAAAACGAAACUGUAGCGACUUCAUUGAUGAUGUGACGAUGUCUAUGACUGAAACUGAAACUCAUGCAUAUUCUGACAAUUAAGUAUUAUUCUAUUAUUAAGUAGACUGGCAUUGUUACCUUAAAGGAGAUUGGAAAUAAACUGUAUUUGAGAACGGGCGAGAGUCGCUCGACUUGUUUUUUGUUUCAACGUUUAAGUUUGGAGAUUAUGCGUGGUAAUGCUAUGAGUGUAUUGUGCACAGUCCCUUCUCAUGUAAAUUGGGACAAAUUCUUCAUUUGAAUAUAAUUGUUGAGCGAAGCUCGCUUUGUACAUAUUGAGAAAUAAAAUCCCGGAAAGUAUUAUUCUUAUGAAUUGUAAAGAGGCCAAAUAACUCGACUGAAAGAUUGAGAGAAAGGAUCACUCAAGGGUUUCGAGCUAAAGACGCUGUGAUUUUGCAUUAAAACAAGCCCCCGUUUCUAAAUGGCGAAGAACGGGCAGACAGCAUCUGCGUGUACCGUGUGCCAGUCUGAUGGAAAACUGGCCUGUUUAAUCAUAAGAUAGAGCUGUGUCGUUGGGGGACAUGCUGUCGCUGUAUGGACGCUGCGAAUGUUGAUCCACUGUUGGUUAGUGAGCAGCAUGAUUACCAUACAUUGGGUAGAAGCUGAAAGAGGCUUCGGCACUUCACAAGAUGUGAGCCAGGUGCUCUGCUAUGAAUGCAACACCCAGCGACCGAACGGCUGGCCGAAAGAGACGACCCUGUGCAAGAUGAACCAGAAGGAGCGGGCGCCGCAGGACCUGCAGAUUGCCGGCUGCUUUAAGGACUACUGUGCCAUUAGCUACGCCACUAAACCCGGUCAUCUGGACGAGAACGGCAAGCCGUGGUUCCAGCGGGGCUGCCUGCCGCAGGCGGAGGGCCAGCAGAUCGCCAGCCGGCAUCCCUUCUCGCCGGCGGAGGCGCUGGUCUGCGGACCAACGGUCGACCCCGAUCCCAAUCUGCAGUUCACCGUGGACUGUCUCUGUGAGGGUGAGUAUUGCAACUGGUUCCCGCUGGACUCCGUCAUGAUCGCCCUGGAUAAUGUUGGUAAAGACCCGUCCAAGCGCCGGCCCAUUCCAUAUGCCAACGGAAGCAUUCCAGCGAUGCCGACCGCGCCCACUGAUGCAGAGGCAGGAGAUGGAACGGGCCAGCGUGGUGGUGACGGCGCCGCCAAUGGAACCGACAACGACAGCACUGCGAAAGAAUCCCGGAUUUCGCCGGUACUGGUUGGUGCGAUCGCCGGAGCAUUAGUCGUCGCCUUACUGGUUGGGUGUGGUUGUAUGUGCUGGCGCCAACACCAGAAGAAACGCCGGGAAGAGGAGGAGGAAGAUGAGGAUGAAGAGGGCGAAGAAGCCGAAAUCUGAUUGUAUCACGCUGCCGUGUGCGUACUGAUUAUGUUGAAUCAGUCACUGUCGGUAGGUUGCUAUGUUGUUGUCAUGCUGUUUUUACGCGUCCGCGACUGUCAAGUGGAUUCCUUUGGGGAAUGUUGAUUGUACCGAGCUGUUUGGGUUGGUUGGUUUGGGUUGGUUUGGCGCUGUCAAAAACUAGGUGAAAUG